AUGCCUAUGAAACUAGACGGAAGCUGCCAAUGCGGCGGCGUGAGAUUCACCCUGCAAUCCAACACUCCUGUUCCAUAUCAACUAUGCGCUUGCAGCAUUUGUCGCAAAGUGGGCGGGCACAUGGGUGCGGUGAAUCUGGGUGGAAUCGCGGAUAGUUUGCGAGUACUUCAGGGCCAGCAUUUGAUCAAGAAGUACAAUGCGAUCAAAGACCGUGGCACUUCGAACGAAGAGCGUUGCUCCUCAGAGCGGAACUUCUGCUCCGAGUGUAGCGCCAUGCUUUGGCUCUGGGACGCUCACUGGCCCGAACUCGUUCACCCUUUUGCUUCGGCCAUUGACACCGACUUGCCCGUGCCAGACGAAAUGGUUUGUAUUAUGAAUGCCUCGAAGCCUAGUUGGGCGAGAUGGCCGGAAGGGAAGAAGGUUGUGUAUGAUGUUUACAAUGGGGAAGUGAGUCUUGAAGGGUGGCAUAAGAAGCAUGGACAUUGGGUCGAGUAG